GUGUUGCAGGUGAAGGUGGAGAUGGAGCUGGAGAUCCUGCAGUGUGAGAAGAUCAAGGCUGUCAGGGAGGAGCAGUUGGAACGACUCACACAGAUCUGCCAGGAGCAGGCAUUUGAGAUCAGACAGCUCCGGGCCCACCUGGCCCAGCAGGACUUGGACCUGGCUGCAGAGCAGGAGGCUGCUAUGCAGAUUCACCAUGUGUGGGGCAAACAGAGGAGCAGCUACCAGGUGGUGGAGAGCCAGGGCCCUGGGGAGUCUGACGAUGAGGGACAUGGAGUCCUCAGGGAGACCCCAGCAGAUCCUGUUGUCCAUCAUGACGACAUGAACAACUAUAUCAGCCAGUACUACAGUGAACAAAGUAGUGACAUGGGGGGUCCUCGUGUCAUCACCACGGCAGCCAUCGAUGUCCACCUCCCUACGACCCAUUACCCCGCCCACAACAACCCUCUGCUGGGCGUGGAGCAAAUGAGUAGCGCUGUGAGUGACACUUCCACCAGCGUAUCACUGUCCAGUAGCAGUCUGACGGCCCGCCCCCAUAGCCUGAGCAGCCACACCCUGCGCUCGUCUACUACGGACUGCAGCAGCACCACGGCCAGGGACUACCACACCCAGGCUAGGAACUACAAUGCCCAUACCAAGGCCCGGGGGCCUUAUCUGGACUACAAGUCCCAGAAGCAGACCCAGGACAGGGACUUUAACACUGAGCACUCCAACACCCAGGGCCAGCGCUGCUUCCCCCUGCCCUACUGCAGCCCUCUGGGCCUGGGUCUGACCUCAGCCCAGCCUCCCCUUCCACGGGACCCCAGCGUGGUAGUCCAGGAGCUGCUCUCGUCCCUGCCCUACUGCAGCCCUCUGGGCCUGGGUCUGACCUCAGCCCAGCCUCCCCUUCCACGGGACCCCAGCGUGGUAGUCCAGGAGCUGCUCUCGUCCUUGUCUGAGGACUCCUGUCUGGCCCAGAAAGGCCUGGUGGACCCAGUUAACCUGAAGCUUCCCAGUCCUGCCGGCUCAGCCAAGGCCAGCCCAGAGCUGGAGCACAGAAUCAACAUCUACAACUGGAAGAAUCAGGAGGAGAACCAGUACCAGAGCCGGGGCCAGAGACAGGGCCGAGCCGCAGCCACUGUGCUCCUACAGACUAAGCCUCUCAUCCACCUGCAGGGCGGCUCUCCUGAGUCCUCUUUGGAGGAGAAGUAUAGGCUACUGGGCCCUGCUGAUGGUCCACUGGGCCGUCUGCCUGAUACAUAGGGUUGAUUCACACUACUGAGCUGAGCCAAGCCGAACCGAGCUGCAUUGUGCUGGCCUGGUCAUGCAUCCACCAUAGUUGUUUGAACAUUGCUGGAAAGGACAUGUGAAAAGAAUAUGUCAGAGCCAGCACUGGUUGGCUCGGGUCGGCACAACAGUGUGAAAAGGGCAAUAGUUCAUCCCAGUGGACAGAGCAUACAGCUCAAGACAGAACUGACUAACGUGGCUUCUCCAAAUCCUCAUGCUUCAAACAAAGUCAGAGCCUGGUCCAAGAUCAAACCUGGCGUUACAAAGACCAUCUGUUAGCAAGACAGCACAAACAGAUCUGGGGCUAGGCUACAGCUCUCAUGUUAGUCUUCCCUUCUCUGUGGGGCUCCGGACAGAGACAGACAGACAGAUCUGGGGCUAGGCUACCGCUCUCAUGUUAGUCUUCCCUUCUCUGUGGGGCUCCGGACAGAGACAGACAGACAGACACAGCCCUCCUCAAACUCAAUCUUGGGGUGACUUUGAAUAAUGCCCCAUUUGCACAACAAUGACCCAAUGAGGACAGAGGAGACAUCUGUGGGCCUAGAAAGAACCAUCAUCAGGAAAUCCCACAUUUGGGGCCCCAAAUGUGAAACAAAACAGUUUGAAAUAAAACCAGCAAUGGGCCAUAUUCAAGCCUUUACAGAACAAGCCUAUUUAAGUGUUCCUAUGUUAACUACAAGACAGAUUUGACAUGGAAUUUCUCUAAAUUGGGUGGGAGUGGGAGUGGGAGUGGGAGUGGGUGUGGGAGUGGGAGUGGGAGUGGGAGUGGGUGUGGGAGUGGG